AUGUCUCAAGCCCAGGAGCAAUUCCCCAAGCACCAGCCGGCCUUGACCGAGAAGUUGGCGGCAGUCCGCGAUGUUCUUCACAAAUCCAUUUCCCCAAUUCCCUCUCACCCCGAACCAACCCCUGGUGGCGCUACCGCCCAGGAGGCCGAGCCGACCAACCUUCUCCAAGAUAUCAAGAAGCUCGGCUUCGAGGAUUUUGACACACUAGCCCACUUCCUCGGCUCCGCCGUCAAGGGGGAGAUCAACGACAAUGACAUGCUCUUGGAGCACCUCAUUGAGCUCUUCGCCAAGCUGCCCUCCGGCACGGUCAAGGGCAAGAAGCUGGAGUAUGGCUUGAUCAACCAACUGUGGAAUGGCAUCGACCACCCGCCGAUGACGACGCUCGCCGAGGAGUUCAAGUAUCGUGCUGCCGAUGGCUCCAACAACAACAUUCACAGCCGGCAGAUGGGUGCCGCAGGCACAGCAUACGCCCGGUCAACGCCGCCCGUCGCCUAUCAGACUCCCAACCAGCCGGAGCCCAGCCUCGUGUUCGACAUGCUCUUCGCCAGGGGUGACGAGUUCAAGCCCCACCCCAACAAGAUCUCAAGUGUUUUGUUCUACUUGGCAACCAUCAUUACCCACGACAUCUUCCAGACUGACGGACGGGACAGCAACAUCAACCUGACCUCAUCGUAUCUGGAUCUUGCCCCCCUCUACGGCCGCAACCAGGAGGAGCAAGAUGCUAUCAGAACGAAACUGGACGGUAGGCUGAAGCCCGACUCCUUUUCCUCCAAGAGAGUCCUCGGCUUUCCUCCAGGUGUUGGUGUGAUCUUGAUCAUGUUCAACCGCUUCCACAACUAUAUUGUGACACAGCUAGCUAGCAUCAAUGAGAACAACCGCUUCGACAGACCGACAGGCCCUGUUCCGGACCCAUCCGAUGACUUUCCUGAAGAGCCGGUGAAGCCGGAGGAGAGCGUCGACAAGAACUCGGAUGAAUACAAGGCUUACUUGGCCGAGAAGCACACCUUUGACUCUCGCAAUGCCUGGAUCAAGUACGACAACAACCUCUUCCAAACGGCCCGUCUCAUCACCUGCGGCCUCUAUGUCAGCAUUGUCCUCCGCGACUACGUCCGCACCAUCUUGAACUUGAACCGCUCGCCCUCCAGCUGGGCAUUAGACCCCCGUACCAACGAGGGCAAGAGCAUCCUCAGGGGCGAGACUCCCGAGGGCACCGGUAACCAGGUGUCGGUAGAGUUCAACCUUAUCUACCGAUGGCACUGCACCAUCUCCCCCAAGGACGACAAGUGGACGCAGGAGGUGUUCGCGAAGGAGCUUAAGAGUUCAAGCGACCCUGACAAGAAGGUUGAGGACUUCACUCUGAAGGAGUUCGGUCACGCUGUCGUGGCCUGGGAGCAGCGCAUCCCCAACGACCCGGUCAAGCGUGACUUUGCCGGUCUCGGGCGCGGCAAGGACGGUUCAUUCCGCGAAGAAGACCUGGCCAAAAUCUUUAAGGAGUCUGUGGAGGAUGUCGCUGGUUCCUACGGCGCCAACAGAAUUCCGGAGAUCAUGAAGCCCAUCGAGCUACUGGGCAUCAUCAACGCCCGAAAGUGGAACGUUGCUACGCUCAACGAGUUCCGCGAGCACUUUGGUCUUACUAGGCACCCGACAUUUGAGGACAUCAACCCGGACCCCGAGGUCGUCAAGAAGCUCAGGUACCUCUACGGCACUCCCGACCAGGUUGAGCUGUACCCGGGAUUGGUCUCCGAGAAGGCCAAACCGCCGAUGGUCCCAGGUAGUGGAUUGUGUGGCAACUUUACCAUGACCCGGGCUAUCCUGUCGGACGCCGUUGCCUUGGUCCGUGGUGACCGUUUCUACACGGUUGAUUAUACCCCAAAGAACCUGACGAACUGGGGAUUCAACCAAGCCAGCUACGACCACAACGUGGACCAGAGUCACGUCUUCUACAAGCUGGUCUACCGCGCUUUCCCCAACUCAUUCGAGGCGAACAGCAUCUACGCCCAUUUUCCUAUGACGGUGCCCUCGGAGAACAAGAAGAUCCUCGAGAACAUCGACAGAGCCUAUCUGUAUUCCUGGAAGGAGCCCAAGACCAAGACCAGCAUGAUCCCCAUCUUCUCCCACAAGGCCGUCAGCGAGAUCCUCUAUAACCAGACGGACUUCAAGGUCGUCUGGGGCGAAGCCAUCCGCCAUCUGGUCGCCCAGCCCGGCAAGGAAUACGGAAAGGAUUUCUGUCUGGCUGGAGACGGCAAGGCCAACAUGCUGAACCGCACCCAGGUUAGGAAGGCUCUGAUCUCCGGUCCGUGGGAGAAGGAGGUGUGGAAGUGGUACACCCACAUGACGCCCAAGCUGCUCGAGCAGAACAGCUUCACUAUCCGCAAGGGUGUCAAGGAGGUCGACAUCGUCCGCGACGUCAUUAACUUAACCAACACGCGCUUCAACGCCGCUCUUUUCUGUUUGCCCAUUAAGAACGAAGACUCGCCUUGGGGUGUCUACACCGACCAGGAGUUGUACAUGGUCGUGGCCACCCUCUUUCAGUCCGUGUUCCUAGACGCAGAUAUUGCCAACAGCUUCAAGCUGCGUACAAUUGCACGGGAGCUCGGACAGGGUCUCGGAAAGCUCAUGACGCUCGUUGUGCAGGCCGUCGCAAAGGCCGGCUUCAUCACGGACAUUGUGGCCAAGAUCAGGGAGGGUGAGGCUUCGCUUCCCACGUUCGGCAACCACCUCAUUGAGCGGCUCAUUGCCGACGGAAAGGACCUUGACGAGGUCAUCUGGGGUACUAUAAUGCCCGUCGUCACCGCCAAUGUCACGAACCAGUCGCAGGUCAUGGCGCUGUGCAUCGACUACUACCUCGGCGAGGGCAAGCAGUACCUGGACGAACUGUACCACUUGGCUCACCAGAACACGCCCGAAGCGGACGAGAAGUUGAUGAAGUACAUGCUCGAGGGAUGCAGACUCCGCGGCACCGUCGCCGUCUACCGUGAGGCCGUCACCACCCAGGUCGUCACUGAUUAUGCCCCCUGCCUGCUCGACCCCAACGACCCUACGUCACGCAAGCCCGUCGUUAACGACGACAUUGAGGGCACCAAGUACGAGAUCAAGAUCCCCAAGGGCCAACGUGUGAUUUGCAACCUCAUGACCGCCGGUCGCGACCCGACCAUUUUCGAAGCGCCCGGCGAGGUGCGCCUCGACCGGCCCCUUGAGUCGUAUGUCCACUACGGCCUCGGACCGCAUUGGUGCGCCGGCAAGGAAAUCAGCCGCGUCGCGCAGACGAGUCUGUUCAAGCAGAUUGUCGGCCUCAAGAACCUAAGAAGAGCCGAGGGCAGCCGUGGCAAGCUCAAGAACAUGCCUGCCGGCGCGUGGAAUGGCCAGGUCGGUUUGCCCAUUGGCGGACAGAACGGUGCCAGCAAGAGAAACGAGCCUUGGCUCGGUCUGAGGGCGUUCAUGACUGCCGACCAGAGUUCGUACUGGCCCGUGCCGACGACGAUGAAGAUUGAGUGGGACGACUAA